AUGCCACACGCUCUGGGAAUCCGCCGACAACGCGAAGACUCGUCCUCUUUAGAAAUUGAGGAAUUAGACUCGUAUACCAUGCGACAAAACUCGUACAAUUACUUCCAGCGCCAUCGAUUUGGAUCCGGGCCUUUGCGGACAUCGACGUUCCGCUCGUCUUUGGGAUGUGGUCCGCCUUCUAGAAAGAGACAGCGAACGUUGGCGGAACAGCUGGACGAUCUUUGUCUAGAAGGCACAAAUGAUGAAGGGGUUAGCAGCUCUCUGGAAAAGAGGAGACGUGAUUGGCGUCUAGCGAAGGACCAGGCGAGGGGCGGCACAAGAUUUAUUGAGCUAGAAGGUAUGAACCAACAGGAAAUUUCAUCCAUUGGCAAUAGUAACAGUGACAGCGAUGGGAUGGAUAUCACUGAAGAGACGACAGGAUUGAAAGCUUGCGGAGACGCAGUGAACGGCAUAGAAUUGAGCAGCAUUUUGGCAACAGGAGUAGGAGACCGUCAUAGAACAAUGGAACGAAUGUACCGUCAUUAUGUGACGGUAGCUGCUAAUCCUACGUCCACAGAAAGGAAUCUGCCACAAGGUAAAGAAAUUGUGAUUUUUAAUCCACAAAAGCAAGUUAAGACGCUUUUGCCGGCGUAUUUAUCUAUGACACCGCAUGAUUUUGAAAGAUUAUCGUUUGUCGAGAAACGCCAAUGGAGUCGGUAUAUGAGAGAGCGUGAGCAAUCUACGGUCGUGCAAAAGAAUAAAAUUUUAGCUGGAGAGCAAAUUGAAGCCAAGCCGGUUGAUCCUGAUUUCGAGUCUAGAGCACCCACCUCUGAAGCGAGGAUCAGGUGUUCGUAUCCUGAUAAGAGUGUGGAAUUUGUCGAGGAUGUGGAGAUGAUGGAGAAUGACGUUUCGCUAAAAUGUCCACACGCUGCGGGGGCUUUAACUCACACAAAAUGGUUCAUGGAUAAUGAAGUGUAA